AUAAUGAUAUGAGAUAACUGAACAGUGCAACGUUACUUUACAGAUUUUUGUGUGUCUGAAGCUGUUAAAUCCCGACAAAGUUUAACAUCUCCAAUUUGCCAACUUCGCCUUCGUCGCCACGUCUAAGUAAAGUGUUUUAUUAAUAUUCAGUGUCCUUCUGUGAGACGAGAAAGCGACGAGAGCCAGUGGAAGAAGAAUUGCUUUUAGCCAGUCAUUGCCAUGGCCUCCGAAAGCGGCGAUAGCAACAUGGAUAGAGAAAUGAUUCUGGCCGACUUUCAGGCUUGCACUGGAAUUGACAACAUCGCAGAGGCAAUCACUCUGUUAGAACUAAAUAACUGGGAUUUAGUGGCAGCCAUCAAUGGGGUGAUACCACAGGAGAAUGGGAUCUUACAAAGUAACUUUUCCAGUGAGGCGAGCCAGGCCAGCAUGUACGGACCUCCUAGCCAAUCAGAAGCAGCCGAUGCAGCAGCUGGAGGUUCAGUUCCUCCCCCUUCUUCUUCGUCAUCGUCCUCCUCUCCUCCAUCAUCCUCGACUUCCGCUUUUUGCCCAGUCAACCCCACCUCCCGACACAUUGUAGAGCGUCAGCCCCGGAUGCUCAACUUCAGGGUGGAGUACCGGCAGCGGUCUGUAGAGCUGGUGCUGGAGGAAGGCAGCACAGUUGGAGAAAUCAAACAAAUCCUUGAAACAGAGCUUGGAGUUCCAGUGUCCAAAAUGCAGCUGAAGGGUUGGAAGAGUGGAGAUGUAUCUGAUAGUACGCUGCUGAGAAGUUUACACCUGCCCAAGAACAACAGCCUGUAUGUCCUGACACCAGACAUUGCCGCUACUGCCAGCACCAGCAAAAACAGUGGUCUCCAAGAGUCGUUAAACCAGAACUUCCUGCUGGUCAUCAGUCACCGCGAGGCCCAGAGGGACUACAGCCUCAACUUCCCCGGCUCCAGAACCAUACAGGAGGUGAAGAGGAAUAUUUCAGACUUGACCAACAUCCCAGUCCGGCAUCAACAGUGGGAGGGAUGGCCUGCGUCAGCAUCUGAUGAUUCUAUGACACUAGCUGUCUCUGGAAUCAGCUAUCCUUGCCAUCACCUCAGUGUUUGUCGGAGGUCCUCACCAGCCAAUGCCCAGGAGCCCACAGAAGAGUGUGCAGAUGUCCAUAUGAUCAGCGACAGUGAGGGGGAUGAUUUUGAGGAUGCGUCAGAGUUUGGUGUGGAUGAUUCAGAGAUGUUUGGAAUGGGCUCCUCAAGCUGUCGGAAAUCACCCAUGAUGCCAGAGAAUAGUGAGAACGAAGCUGAUGCCUUACUGCACUUUACUGCCGAAUUUUCUUCAAGGUAUGGAGAGACCCACCCAAUGUUCUUCAUUGGGUCUUUGGAGGCAGCAUCUCAAGAGGCCUUCUAUGGCAAAGCCAGAGAUAGAAAGCUGCUGGCCAUCUACCUCCACAAUGACGACAGUGUCCUCAGCAACGUCUUCUGCUCCCAAAUGAUGUGUGCUGACUCCAUUGUCUCUUACCUGAGCCAGAACUUCAUCACAUGGGCCUGGGACGUCACUAAAGAAGCUAACAAAGCCAGACUACUCACCAUGUGUACGAGGCACUUUGGAAGUGUGGUGACGCAAACUAUACGAACAUACAAAACAGACCAGUUCCCCCUGCUCCUAAUAGUCAUGGGCAAGCGCACGUCCAACGAAGUUCUAAACGUUAUUCAAGGCAAUACGACAGUGGACGAGCUGAUGAUGAGGUUAAUGGGAGCAAUGGAGAUCUUUACAGCACAACAGCAAGAGGACAUCAAAGAUGAGGACGAGCGUGAGGCAAGAGAGAUGGUGAAGAGAGAACAGGACGAGGCCUACCGUCUGUCUUUAGAGGCUGACCGUAAGAAGAGAGAAGCCCAAGAGAGAGAAGAGGCCGAGCAAGUUCGCCUGGAACAGAUGAGAAAGGAGCAGGAGGAGGAGAAGGAGGCAAUCCGCUUGUCAUUGGAGCAGGCCCUACCGCCAGAGCCCGUCGAGGAGUCUGGAGAGCAAAUCAGCAAACUGCGAAUCCGCACACCAAGUGGCGAGUUUCUGGAAAGGCGUUUCCUGGGCAGCUGUAAGCUCCAGGUCCUCUUCGACUUUGUGGCCUCCAAGGGAUACCCCUUUGACGAGUUCAAGCUCCUUACCACCUUCCCUCGUAGAAAUAUCACCCAGUUGGAGCCAGGGUCGACUCUGCUGGAGGCCAAGUUGUUUCCACAGGAGACGCUCUUCCUGGAGGCUAAAGAAUAGGAACUGGCCCUCUGAUAGCUGAGAGGACCGACUGAUUGACUGACUGAUGAACUGGCUGGACACACACUAGUCACCGAGCAUGGCCCCCCUCCAAUCCCCAACCCCCCCAGUCUGGGCCUACAGUACAUAUACACAUACACACACACACAUACACACACAGACACACACACUCACCGAUCUCUCGUCCUCUCUCUCCUCUCAGACAUACAUAAAUACACUGGCAUGCACAUCCAGUGACACAAAAGUGCAAGUAAGCUUCUCUGCCCUCGGCCUGGUCGUGGUACAUGAAUGCCUAGUGUACACGUGUUGCACAGAGGAGCAAAGACAGUAUCAUAAGCACACAGCCAAACAUUCACCUCACCCAAACCUCUCUCUCUCUCUCUUUCUCUCUCUCUCUCUCUCUCUCUCUCUCUCUCUCUCUCUCUCUCUCGUUCUCUCUUUCUCUCUCAACUCCUCUCACACACUUAACAAAUUCACGUUCCCAACUGCUGUCAUGGUUUUUCUCUCACAACACAAACACAGUACGACAACAGCAUUGAGAGACUGAGUAGACAAAUCUUUGUCACAGUAAAAAAAAAAAAAUAAUAAAAA